AUGGAAUCACCGGAGUGCCAGAUCCAUACGCAGACAAAUUUGUGGAUUUCUAGACGAUAUGCGUCUGACGGACAUCUUAGAGGUUGUCCAGUCGAUUACCUGUUGCUACGGACUACCAGUCUGUUGACGGACCAUAGUCUAGAACCCGCUCAUGAUAACAUCAUCACUUGGGUGUUUGGCCACGUGCCAUACCUUCAUCAUUUGCCAAGUACAAUCGCGAUCGCUGCCUAUAGAUCUAACGUCACAACGCACGCCAGUCGCUUACAGAUCACUUUCCAAGAGUCUGGAUUUUGCAGUCUCUGUCAGCUACACGCUUUUGAAUUCAUUUCCAAGGGUCUGAAUCAAGUCUCUACUCACAGACCAGUACGCCAUGGCCGCCCAUUAUUAUUAUCCUAUUCUACCAGCCCACCGUUCACCACUCCACAUUCAUAUCAUUCUUCUCAUCCACUCCUUAACUACCGCAUGUCUAGACAUACACGUUCAUUCACAGCAGCGCACGGACCGCAUCCAGUCGCCGCGCAAGAGUUCGUCGACGGAGGCUCGCCUGGCUGGGUCCGUGUCCAACAAUUUGUAGAGGAAAAACCGCCGGAGCACAAAGUCGUCUUCAUCAAAGUCCUCCUUGUCUGUUUCUUCAAACAACGUCUCGAUGGGCGCAAACGACCCCUGCCGCCGGAUCGUCCACUCUUUUGUUUUGCGGUUGUAGUCUGCAAGCAUGCGCAGAUUGCAGUAUUCGCCAAAAACUGCAUCCUUUGCCUUUUGGUUUUUCUGUGCCGUGCUUGUCCAGAGCACCGUUGCUGGGUAUACGUGCAGAACGUCUUCGUCGUGUGUUUUAUCGUGCACAGAAACCAGGCAAAAAUCGCCGUACCGCCCGCUAAAGUAGGAGCGCCGGAAAUUGAAAAGGGCCAAUAUGGCGACGCCUAG